CAUCGACACCCAGCCAGCACGGAUUUCAGUGACUGUUUAACGCGUCAUUCAACAAUUUCCCACAAUACAUUAACUUCACGGUAACUUUGAGACCGCACUCCGGUCAAUUUCAGCCCCGAACGGCGCGUCUCGGAGCAUAACGAAUAACCACAGCAUCCACGGUUCGCCAAACCCCCAAAGAUGUCGGAAUCACCCGUUAGACCUUCAAGACGUGCUGCUGCACGUAGGAAGGUGGUAGUUGAGUCUGAUGAGGAGGACGAACAAAUGCAAUCCAAGAUGGAGGUAGACAGCGAGGAAGAUUUCACACCCGCGCCAAAACAACGAAGUCCUCGAAAGGCACCCCAAUCGAGGCGGAAAACUACAAAUCCUAUUGCAAAUACUCCUCGAACAGGUGGCCGGGGAAAGAAGAGUCUUGCAAAUGAGAAGAUCGAGCCCUCUGAGAUAUUUGAUCCGGAGCAAUCUGCCAUUCCCGAGCCAGAAUCUCCAUCAAAGAAAGCUUCACCACGGAAACGGAAGAGCGCUCCUGUUCGAGGACCUCGUGCUUCUACAACACCCGAGCUCCCGCCUUCUUUGCCUACUCCAGAGGCCUCGGCAUCUCCUGAGCCCUCCCAAUUCCACGGGAUUCCUCUUGCAGACAUCACAGAAUCUCUCAAUGAUCGACCGCGGACUGCAGACAGCCAGAACUCGGUGGUGAAGCCAAUAAAUGCUAUGGAUACCAUUUUAGAGAGGCCCAUGGAUAUCGUACUGAAGUCGAGAUCAAUGGCUGUUCCUGUGACUGAAGAUACCGGCCCCAAAGCUCGAAUUGUCAUCACUUACUUGAUUCUGACGAACUUUAAGAGCUACGCUGGUCGCCAAGAAGUUGGCCCAUUCCAUGCAUCAUUCUCUUCGGUUGUAGGGCCUAAUGGAUCUGGAAAAUCGAAUGUCAUUGACUCCCUUCUCUUCGUAUUCGGCUUCAGGGCUAGUAAGAUGAGGCAGGGAAAGAUAUCAGCCCUGAUUCAUAAUUCUGCAGCAUUCCCCGACCUGGAUUUUUGUGAAGUAGCAGUCCAUUUUCAGGAAGUCAUGGAUCAGGCCAAUGGCACUCCAUUGGUGAUUCCAAAUUCAGAUCUUGUGAUAUCUCGACGCGCCUUCAAGAACAAUUCCAGCAAGUACUACAUGAAUGGCAAAGAAUCAAACUUUACUGUCGUCACUACAUUGCUUCGAGACAGAGGGGUUGAUCUCGACCACAAACGUUUUCUGAUUCUUCAGGGUGAAGUCGAGUCUAUUGCUCAGAUGAAGCCGAAAGCUGCAAACGAGCAUGAUGAUGGUCUUCUUGAGUACUUAGAGGACAUCAUUGGCACAUCGAAGUACAAGACGCCGAUUGAAGAAUCGGCGGCGGAGGUGGAGACCCUCAACGAAGUCUGUGUUGAGAAGAGUGGCCGCGUUCAGCAUGUCGAAAAGGAGAAGAAUGGCCUCGAGGAUAAGAAGAACAAGGCUCUGGCUUACAUCAAAGACGAAAAUGAGUUGACGAUGAAGCAAUCCGCCUUGUACCAACUCUAUAUUGACGAGUGUGGGGAUAACAUCACGGUCACUGAAGAGGCAAUCGGUCAGAUGAAAGCACAGCUCGAUGCGGAACUGGAAAAGCACCAAGGAAACGAAAAUGGGAUCAAGCAGCUCGAGAAGCAAUACAAGAAAGGUCAGAAGGAGUACGAAUCUCUGGAUAAAGACACCCAAUCAAUCAUCAAAGAGAUGGCAAAAUUUGACCAGGAACAUGUCAAAUUCGAGGAAAAGAGAAAGUUUCUUACGGGCAAGCAAAAGAAGCUUGAGAAGACCAUCAGUACCUCUGAAACUGCUGCAACUGACGCUCAGUCUACAAUCGAGAAUUGCACUGCAAAUAUUGAGCGAUCCGCAGGAGAGAUUGCUGCCAUGGAGAAACGAAUGAAGGCCGAGGAGAAAGAGCUUAUAACAAUUCGGGAAAGCCUCAAAGGCAAGACUCAAGCAUUCUCUGACCAAAUUGCGGCAAAGCAGAAAUCAUUGGAGCCUUGGAAUGAGAAGAUCAACAAGAAGCAAUCAUCUAUCGCCGUUGCAGAGAGCGAGCUUGCGAUUCUCCAUGAAAAAGCCAAUGCUGGCGCUGUGGCACUGGAAGAAAUGCAGGCAAAGGCGGCUAGCAUUGAAGAGGGCCGUGAAGCAAAGCUGGCUGAGCUCGAACAGUGCAAGUCGGAAAGGGCUAAGUUGGAAAAAGAUGCUGCUCGAGUUGAAUCCGAACUCCAAAAGCUGUCCCAGAAGGAACCUGAACUUCGUUCUAAGCUUUCCGGAGCUCGACAGAAAGCCGAUGAGGCUCGCGCCAGUCUCUCAAAUACACAGGCGCAGGGAAACGUACUCACCGGACUGAUGCGACUAAAAGAGUCUGGACGAAUUGACGGAUUUCACGGCCGACUUGGGAACCUCGGAACAAUUGAUCAGAAUUACGACGUUGCAAUCUCAACAGCUUGUGGUGCGCUUGACAACUUCGUGACCGACACUGUCGAAGGCGGGCAGCAGUGUAUCGAGUAUCUGAGGAAGACGAACCUGGGAAGAGGAAACUUUAUGUGUCUCGACAAGCUCGGAAGCAAAGAUCUCUCUCCGAUUGAGACUCCUGAAAAUGUGCCUCGCUUAUUUGAUCUCAUCAAAGCGACGGAUGAGAGAUUUCGACCUGCAUUCUAUCACUCACUUCAGAACACUCUCGUGGCAACGGAUCUUGCCCAAGCAAACCGAAUCGCCUACGGUGCUAAAAGGUGGCGAGUAGUGACGCUCGACGGCCAGCUGAUUGAUAAGUCGGGUACCAUGUCUGGAGGUGGUAAUACUGUGAAGAAGGGCCUGAUGUCUGCCAAACUCGUUGCUGAGGUGUCGAAAGAUCAAGUUGCUAAACUGGAGGUCGACCGUGAUGCACUAGAGCAGGAUUUCCAGAAAUUCCAAGAGCGUCAACGAGAGCUUGAGUCGUCCCUCAGAGAUCUUAACGACCAAAUCCCCAAGCUCGAUACGAAAAUGCAAAAAAUCGGCCUCGAAGUCGAGAGCUCUGCGCGGAACUUGGCUGAUGCUCAGCGAAGAAUCAAGGAAUUGAGCAAGGAGCAUCAACCAUCGAAGACCGAUGACAGCCGUGUGGCUUCUCUGGAGAAGGAAAUCGCGAAGCUCAAUAAAGAAAUCGAGAAACUCCAUGGUGAAACUGCCAGUGUCGAGCAAGAGAUCAAAGCGCUGCAAGAUAAGAUUAUGGAAGUCGGUGGAGAGAAGCUCCGCGCCCAGAAAUUGACGGUCGAUGCCCUUAAAGAAGAGAUCGACAAUCUCAACGAGACUGUGUCUACUGCAGAAGUGACACGAGCAAAGGCUGAGAAGCAGAAGACGAAGCAUGAGAAAGAUCACGCGAAGGCUACGAAAGAACUGCAAGCCGCUAUUUCAGAUCUCGAGUCGUUGGAGGAAGACAUCAAAAACCAAAGCUCUAAUGCGGAGGGGUACCAAGCCAAGGUGGACGAAGCACAAGAGGCAUUGAAGGCAAAGAAGAAAGACCUCAAUGCGCUCAAGGCCGAAUUGGACGAAAAGACUACAGUGCUCAAUGAGAUUCGUGCGAUCGAGAUCGAGAUGAAAAACAAGCUCGAAGAAAACCAAAAGGUUCUUGCAGAGAAUCAGAAACGCCUCAGGUACUGGAAUGAGAAGCUCGGCAAACUUGCUCUCCAAAACAUCAGUGAUCUUGGGGAAGAGAUUGAGGCACAAGAGCUUCCAAGUUACACCAAGGAUGAACUGACAGAUAUGAGCAAAGACACAUUGAAGAGUGAAAUUGCUGCUCUGGAAGAAAAGACUCAGAACAUUAAUGUUGAGCUUGGUGUUCUUGCCGAAUACCGUCGACGAGUUGAGGAGCACGCUGCCAGAAAGGCGGAUCUUCAGAGCGCUGUUGCCCAGCGUGACUCAGCAAAGAAACGAUGCGACGACCUGCGCCGCCUCCGCCUGGAAGGUUUCAUGGAAGGCUUCAGCACAAUUUCUCUCCGCUUGAAGGAGAUGUAUCAAAUGAUCACUAUGGGAGGAAACGCCGAACUUGAGCUAGUAGACUCCUUGGAUCCUUUCUCAGAAGGGAUCCUGUUCAGUGUCAUGCCGCCGAAGAAGUCUUGGAAGAACAUUUCCAACUUGUCUGGUGGUGAGAAGACAUUGAGUAGUCUGGCACUAGUUUUUGCCUUACAUCACUACAAACCUACUCCACUUUAUGUGAUGGACGAGAUUGAUGCGGCAUUGGAUUUUAGAAAUGUUUCGAUUGUUGCGAGUUACAUCAAGGAGAGGACGAAGAACGCUCAAUUCAUUGUUAUCUCCCUGAGAAACAACAUGUUUGAACUUGCUUCGAGACUUGUCGGAGUGUACAAGGUCAAUCACAUGACCAAAUCGGUAACGAUCGAGAAUCGGGACUACAUCAACGGAAUGGCAUAAAUGAGAAGGGGCAAGGGGAGCGGAAAUUCUGUUUUUGGAGUUCGGAUUGAAAUGUAACAUAUCACGAUGUAGUAAUGAGUUGAAUGUCAAAACGCAAUAACGCCUAGCUGAAAAAACCUCAUCUCGAUCGUGUGAUACAGUAUUUGCUUUUCAAAACACCAAAAGGUA